CUUUGCGGAGCAACCUAAAUACACAACCGUUUGCUUCCGACUCUUCCAAUUUCCCUCCCUCUUGGCCCGAGUCAGAUUUUGGGACGGCUAUAUUUCCGUUGGUUCCGGAUAAAAUUUUCCGAAAAAAAAAGGUUGGACCGCUCUCUCUCCCUCUCCCCGUCUUCGUCUGUCUGCUGUUCUUCCACUUCUUCCACCUUCGCAGCGCCUCAGCAGCGGCUUGUCUUGGGCAUCUCCUCACCAGCUCAGUGUCUUAGCAGCGGUGAAAGAAAAACUGGUCAGGUCCAACAAACAGGGGAAAGAUAUUCUGGAAUUUUUCUUCCAGUCUAUCAAACAUGCCUUGGAUUUGGAGGACGUCUAAUUUUUCCUGCUGUACCCUCUGCCAGGAUUCCUUUCGUAGAAUUCUUUUACAGGAAGAGGUGGCUUAUCCAAGCAGCUGGACCAGGAUCAUAGCCACGAACCAUUAUCCACCUAUACAAGAUCGUGGAAAAGCCACACCAUUGCGACGACGACAUGAUGGAGCUUGUUGCGGCCCCAAAGUGUCUGUUGCUCUCCCCUCCCCUCUACCAACGAGCAGAUGACCACCUAUUCCCUCGUGCUAAGGUAUGCAAAUCCGGCAGUCCUAAAUUGAUUUCCUCAUUUUCUGACAUGUGUUCCUUGCAUUACAUUGCGUGCUAUGCAUGCCAGAGAGAUUUCAUGAGUUCUAGAUCAAGACUCGUGUGUGCUGACAUUUUCCUGGAUGACCCUUGUCCUUCUACUUGCAAAAUAUGGAGAAAAUCUGUUUUCCUUGAGCAAUUCACUACUAACUGUGCCAUCACUCUGAAGAAUGUAAAAUCACUUCGAGCUCGGCGUCUGGGACUGUUUCUUUGUGAUUUUGAAUGUACAAGACAUUGCAUGUCUCUAAACGAUCACGUGAAUGGUGACAUAGAUUCAAAGUUUAUAAUGAAUUAUGGUGGCAAUUUCGUGAGUCAAGGAGGCACUAAUAGAAAGAGGCAUGGUGACUUUCGUGUUUCUGAGACUGCUGCAGAAAUGGACCCAUCAUCAUGGAAUCUACUGAUAAAAGAAUAUACAAAGAAGGGACUCCAUGAGGAUGGUAUUCGGGUGUUCAUGGAAAUGAUGGAUUUGGGGGUUUUGCCGGAUGAAUAUACAUUGCCUUGUGUGAUUCAGGCUUUCACGUGUUGUCAGAACCUGAGACUGGGGCGGCAGAUUCAUGGUUAUGUGUUGAAAAUGGGGGCUGGAUGUGACAUAUUUGUCAACAAUUCUCUCCUAGCAAUGUACUGCAAAUGCAGUUCAAUGAAGAAUGCAUCUAAUGUCUUUAAGGGUAUGCCGAAGCGGGAUGUUGUUUCUUUUAACACGUUGAUUGCUGGAUUUGACGAGUCAGGCAAGCCUUUAGAAGCUCUUGGAAUGCUCAAUGUGAUGUAUCUUGGAGGUGUUAAGCCAAACUUGUUGACGUGCCUUGCUGCUUUAUCUGCAUGUGCUUCUUAUAAAUUGUUGAUUCAUGGACAGGAAAUUCAUGCAUUUGCACUUAGAAAUGGAUUUGUUAACGAUGAUUUCCUGACAAGUGCAACCAUCCAUAUGUAUAUGAAAUGUGGGAAUUGGUGCACUGCAGAGCGUGUCUUCUGUGCAGAUUCUCUGAAGAAUGUUGUUUCUUAUAACGUAAUGAUGUCUGGAUUUGUAGACAACAGAUAUGCAAUGAAGGCAAUGAUGCUAUUUUUUGAAAUGCUGAUGCAUGGCAUCCAACCUGAUUCUGCAACAAUGGUUGCUCUAGUAGCAUCAUGUUCUGAACUGUUGGAUCUUGAGCUUGGAAGACAAAUUCACAGUCUGGUUGUGAAGCAUGGAAUGCAUACCUUGAAGGAGAUAGAAACUUCCCUCAUUGAUAUGUACUGCAAGUGUGGAAGGGCUGAAAUGGGUUUGCAUUUGUUUGAAAAAUCUCCUAACAAGAAUUUGGUUAUGUGGGGUUGCAUAAUAGAAGGCUGUGCACAAAGUGGUCAGGGAUAUAAAGCAUUAGACCUGCUUAGAAAGCUGCAUCUGAGUGGAGGAAGAGCAGAUUUGUUGGCUAUUCUCUCUGGACUUCGUGUUUGUUCAUCUUUGAAGCACAAGUAUUUUGGCAUCGAGCUUCAUGGAUUCUCCAUCAAAAUGGCCUUUGAAUCUGAUGUUUUUAUUGGAGGAGCUCUGACUGAUAUGUAUUCAAAGUGUGGAGACAUUGGUGCUGCUUGGAAAGUUUUUCUUAGGCUUCCCAUGAAGGAUGUGAUAUCAUGGAAUGCCAUAAUCGCCGGUUCUCUACAAAAUGGUGAUGCAGAAUUGGCGUUGAAAUGUUUCUGGGAUAUGCAAGCUGAGAAUGUCAGUGCAAACUCUGUAACAAUUGCCUGUGUACUUGCUGCCUGUUCUCACUUAUCUUUGUUAUUCUACUGCCAACAGAUCCAUGGUUAUGUACUACGUAACGGACUUGAUUCAAAUGUUUUGGUUUGUAAUUCCUUGAUUUCUUCUUUUGCAAGAUGUGGUGGAAUACAGCACGCGUGGGCUGUUUUCUGUAACAUGUCUAGUAAGGAUGACACAUCUUGGAAUUCAAUGUUGUUAGGCUUUGGAAUGCAUGGUCUUACUGAUCGAUCACUUGAUUUAUUUAGAAAAAUGAAAGAAUCAGGUGUCAAGCCCAACCACACCACAUUUGCAGCCAUUCUAUCAUCAUGCAGCCAUGCAGGUAGAGUCGAAGAGGGAUGGAAGCACUUCGAAAGCAUGAAAGACUAUGGUCUUACCCCUAUGGUUGAACAUUAUACUUGCAUGGUUGACCUCCUUGGCCGUGCUGGCUGGCUGAAACAGGCUGUUGAUUUGAUUAGGCAGAUGCCUUCUGAUCCUGAUCCUGUUGUUUGGGGUUCAUUGCUUGGGUCUUGCAAAGUCCACCGAGAUGAUAACUUAGCAAAUUAUGUAGCCAAUAGACUUUUUGAACUUGACUCUGAAAAUGUUGGAUAUCAUGUGUUGCUAUCCAAUAUAUAUGCUGAUUUUGGCAGGUGGGAGGAUGUCAAUAGCAUCAGGGCACAUGCAAAAGAGGUGGGCCUUAAGAAAAAGCCAGGUUGCAGCUGGAUAGAAGUUGGCAAUGAGGUUCAUGUGUUCACUGCAAAAGAUAGGUCACAUUGCCAAUUGGAGGAGAUAUAUUCUGUGAUUAAGAGCUUAACAGAAAACAUGAAGAGUGUAGGAUAUCUUCCCCAGAUGCAGUAACCCAUGAUAGAGAAUUCAUCUUGAAAGAGUGGAAACUCGUUGCAACAAUGCUUAAAGUGGGCCUUCAGUCUCAAAGUCAAUAGUGGAAUCGUUUUCUGUUUUCCAGUCUCGAUCAGAGCACACACCCUGUGCUCAGUUCCCUGAAAGCUCCUCUAUUCUAUUGCAACAAAGCAUAUUUUCACCAGUCGCUAAUAACACUACUUUGAAAAUUUUGGAGAGGGAAAAAUCUAGACCAGCCACAUUCCCUGGAGGCUGGAGGUAUUAUUUGCCUGAAUGAUGAUGAUAGUGAACAAAUGGAAAAAAGACAUAAGUUACCGAUUGGGGUGGAAGUGGAAGGGUCCACCACACACGUUGCAAAUAGUGGUGGCGGUCGGGACUGCAUUCAUCAUUUGCUCUCUGAUCCUUACAGAGUUACCUAGGAAUCUGAAGAAAGAGGAAGUGCUUUUGUCUGAUCCUAGCUCCACAACAAUGAAGCCUGAUUCCUGCAUGCAGUUCAUAGUUUCAUCAACUCAGUCGAGUGUUAAACCAAAUUUGAGUCGCAACUGAGAAAGAGGUCCCCUGAUUGCAAAGGUUGUAAGAAAGUUAAACUGUGAAAUAGAGCCGCUAGAUUUUGGUCUGGAAGAGCAUGGUGCAACAAGCAUGCAAUUUUUCCUAUAGGAUUCAGAAGUUGGGUUAGGUACUUAAGUGUUAUUGAUCCAACACAAAGGUCUCACUAUGUCUCAGACAUUCUUGAUGUGGGAAUUUCUGUACCACUCUUCAGGGUUGAGGUUAUUGAACUGAUGCUAUGGAAUUGCAGCUUCUUUAUGCUGAGGCUAGUGAUGUCUAACUAGUCUCUAUGUGAUUGUGGUUCUAGAAAUCAGGUUACAUUGGAGGGUUGUAACACAGAAGUUUUCAUGUGUGUUUCUGCCAUUAAUUGUUGGGACAUGAUACACGACAAAGUAACUCAGAAGUUUGUGAGCGAACAUGGACAAGCGAAACUAAAUCUACCUCCUCUGCAACCACUGGGAUCAAUCAAUGGAUUUGACAUGUUUGGAUUUUCAACACCAUUUAUUGUUCAGAGUGGAGAUUAGCUGACAUAGUGGAUGACGUGGCUGAAACAAACAUCAUGUCUGAGAGAAGAUUUACUGCAGAUGGAUGGGACAUACUAAAAGCCAUUGUUUAUGGUGGCUUAACUGAAUUAAUUACGAGUCUUGGGGUGACAUCCUCAGCAGCUGGAGGUGAUUCUAGCACAUCUGUUUCGGGGGUAUCCUACGUAGUUGGUGUAUACAUCAAGAAGCUGCUGCAUCAGUUAGGCUGGAUUUCAGGAAGCCAGAGUAUGCUUUAUCAUCCAUCCCUGAUCAUAGAACCACUGGAAGAACAUCACAGAAUUGGGUUUCAUAAACAAGGGCAUGAUGGGCAUCAACUUGAUGACCGUUAUGCAUAGAGUUGGUAAAACAGAUUGCUUGUCUGGUGGCUCGUCCCAAACGUUGCCAAAGUGCAUAUCUCUGGUCAAGUUAAAGGCACAGUGGAGGGUCUUCCAGGAUGCAGCAGGUGGCUCCAGUCCCCACAUCUAUUUGGCCUGCACUGCAGGUUGUUCUGCUAGCCGUUAGCAGUCGUCAUUAAUCUACGGGUUUGGCACUGAUCUCAAGCUGGCGCAAUUGGAAAUGUCAAGUGCCUGAAGGGAUAUUAGUCGACCAAAGCACUCGGGCAGACUUUCCAAGCUAAAGCGGUCAGCAAGCUUUAACAACCUGAAAGGAUACAUGUUCACACUCACAGGCUACACGCCCUGAUCAUCCAGCCACGUCUGUACAAAUUCCAUCUGAGUAGAUGCAAGAGAUAAGUUAAAACCUUUUGCUAUGCAAGAAAAUGAGCACUCGAGUGAUUGGUUUCUGCAUACAAGCUAGAGAAGUUUUGGAUGACAAUGUACUUCUCUGUCUCUUAUGUCAGCAUGAAAUUUUAUGAACAAAUUGAUAUUUUCAAUGUUCAUAUGAA